AUGUCUGAUCCACCAACAACGAUAAUCCUCGUCUCCGGAGCAUGGCACACCGACUUCCACCUCCAACCCGUGGUCCCUGCCCUCAACAAACUCGGGUACACUGUCAAACCAAUCUCACUGGUCACAGCAGGCGAGAGAAUACCGACGGCAGUGAUAGGCGACGACAUAGCCAAAGUCCAACAUGCGAUCCAAGAAGCUGCCGACGCCGGGAACAACAUCUGCGCCAUUGGACACUCAGCCGGUGGACGACCGUGCGUCUACGCAGUCUCCAAGUUCCUCGCACAAAAUCCGGCCCAGAAAUCCCAGAUGAAAUAUCUCUGCUUCCUCUCCAGCUUCUUGAACACGGCCCGCGCCGCUGAAGAAUCACGCGUCCAAGGUGCCUGGGCCAUAUACGACCAGGAGACGAAUUACCUGACCGCCGUGCGUAGCGCUAAAGUGUUCUACAAUGACAUGUCCGAGGAACAGUCGAAACCAUUCGUCGAUGCCUUGGUCUUGCAGAGGCCUAUGGAGACGGAAGAGGAGAUGCCGAGCUUAUGGAAGGAGUGCGAGACCUUGAAGCGGGUGUAUAUUCUUUUGUUACAAGAUCAGGCUUUGUAUCCUGUGGUGCAGAGAGCGGAGGCGGAGGAGGGUGGUUGGGACGUUGUUGAGCUUGACACUGGCCAUUGCCCAUUUGUUUCGCAGCCGGAGGUAUUUGCGAAGUGUGUCGAUGGAAUCAGCGGACUCACUACCAUUCACCGUCCCUUCACCAUCAUUGAAGCCUAUCACCUUGUGUCUCUCCACACACAGCCAUUGAAUGUGUGGCCUAAUGCGAGAUUGAUAGGUGGUCUGGCCAAGGACGAAAGUAACGUUGGGUUCGAUCGUACCUCACUCUCGCCGUCGUCGGGAGACUACGACUAA